AUGGCGUCGACGGCGGGUGACGGCGGCAGCGUCCCGCCGCAGACCGCCAAGGUGGAGGUGGCUUCCGCCCCCGAGCCGCCACCGCGAGGCCCCGAUGUCAUGCCGCACGAGGAGUGCCUCUCCGGCAUCCGCGCGGCUCUCAAUCAUCCGACUGUGCGGUUCCUCAGGGAGCGGAUGGACCAAGCCGGGUGCCCCGUGUGGCCGCUGCUGAUCCGGGCGGCGACCUGCGCCGAAUCCUCCGGGGGCUACGCCAGCAAGCACGGGAUAAAAGUUUGCUGUAAUCAGAUGCGAUUUCAAGAUCAGAUAAAUCAGGUCUUAAUUCAUGAAUUAAUACAUGCUUACGAUGACUGCGUCGUCAAGAACGUAGACUGGAAGAACUGCGGUCAGCAUGCUUGCUCUGAGAUUCGAGCUAAUCAUCUUAGUGGCGAUUGCCAUUACAAACGUGAACUGUUGAAAGGCUUCAUGAAGAUAAGAGGGCAUGAGCCAGAAUGUGUCAAAAGACGAUCUCUGGCUUCUGUGAAGCAAAAUCCUUUCUGCUCGGAAGCAGCCGCAAAAGAUGCAAUUGAGGCUGUGUGGGAUAUAUGCUAUAAUGACACACGGCCUUUUGAUAGGGCUCCAUGAAGUGCAAAGCCUGUUUGGAUAGUUUAGUUUUCCUUCAGAUGGUAGCUCAGCCAAGCAUUACAACAGAAUCUAGUAGCUUUGUGCUAGAACAAAACUUUGUAUGUCACAAUAUGGGUGGAAUCAGUGUAACAGAUUAUUUCAUGUAAUUCAAUUCUUUCACACGACAUAUCGUGAAAGUUUAAUAAGCUCCCAAAAGGACUCUUGGUGUAAAACUAGCUAAUUCAUUUGUUGGUUAAUGGUCUGGCAUCAGUAUAAAUAUUAUGAUUUUA